AUGCCUUCGUCCAAGCGAAACCGCAUCGUCCCGACCUCCAGAGUCCGCAAAAACCACAAAGAGCUCGUUCGCCGACUUGCGGCCAAUGCACAAGAUGCCGCCGAGAAAUACUCGUACAUUUGGGUCUUCGAAGUGGAAAACACCCGCAACAACUUUCUGAAACAGGUCAGAACAGACUUCAAUGAUUCCAGGAUAAUGAUGGGCAAGAACAAAGUCCUCCUGGUUGGACUGGGACAGACGCAAGAGACGGAAGUUGUACCUGGCGUCAGUGCUUUAGGACCGUAUGUGAAAGGCGAAGUCGGACUGCUCUUCACGAACCGAGAGCCAUCCGAGGUGGAGGCAUACUUUGCCGACUGGCUGAACCUGGACUUUGCUCGGAGCGGCAGUACUGCCACCCACGAGGUCAGAAUACCGCCCGGCGAAAUCCACACACAGUAUGGUGUUGACGGAGGCGAGGACGAUCCGCUCCCUGUCCAGAUCGAACCAACACUGCGGAAAUUAGGGGUACCGACGCGGCUCGUCAAGGGCAAAGUGGCUCUGGAGGAGCGGCCGGAAGAGUCAAUGGACAAUGAGGAGGGUUAUCUUGUGUGUAGGGAAGGAGAUACCCUUGACUCGAGACAAACUUCUAUUCUGAAGAUCUUAGGAGUGCGCAUGUCCGAGUUCAGGAUUGGCUUGAGAGCUGUCUUUGACAAAAACACCUCAAGUGUGCGGCAAAUAGGAGCCAUGGAUGUCGAUGAGUGA